UCCAGUUAUAUUCGGAUAUCGAAAUGGCACUUGUGGAUGUUAAUGUUACAACCUUCUGAACAGAUGUGUGUCAUAAAUUCACAAUGUGUGAUCUGAUUAACUUUGCUCUUGUGGCGAAUGCAAAUGAAGCUCAGCAUCUCAGGUAUCGUCCGGGCGAGACGUAUCCCAGUGGUAAAGCGUUCGCUUGAUGCGCAGUCGGUUUGGGAUCGAUCCCCGUCAGUAGGCCCAUUGGGCUAUUUCUCGUUCCAGCCAGUGCAUCACGACUGGUACAUCAAAGGCCGUGACAGUUAUUAGAGAAGACUGGAAACUUGGAUGAAACACGAAGGCUUAAGAGUCUUGGAAAUGGUAGAGUAGCCAUUCCUCUGAAAUGCAAGAAUGUCAAGUGGCAACAGCUGGGCCUCCAAGAUCUGUCAUGUAAUGUCGUCUCCAUUGAUUUGCCUGCAUCGAAGAAAUCAAUGCUCAGGAGUCCAGCUCAAACAUUGGCACAGAAUGUCCUCCGUUUUGCACAGGAACAUGGAAUACAACUGACCUCUGACCUCAAAUGUAGCAUUCCAACUCAUUGGGAAAAACAUGGUGAUUUAAUAUUACUGCCAGAAACAGCAUUCAGUCAUCCAGACUGGCAAAAACAAGAUGUCUGCUUUUGGCAGUGUGUGGCCAAAAGUCUAGACUGCAGCCGUCUUGCUAAAAAAUUCACCGUGUCCAAGGAUGGGUUUCGAACACCCCAAGUUAAUCUCCUGCUGGGCUCCGAUGGCUGGUUAGAACAAGUUGACAAUGGUAUUAGGUAUUGCUACGAUGUCACCAAAUGUAUGUUCAGUGCUGGCAAUAUAUCCGAGAAGCUUAGAGUAGCCAGUUUUAACUGCAGUGGAGAAACUGUUGUAGAUUUGUAUGCAGGUAUUGGCUAUUUCACUCUUCCAUACCUGGUCCAUGCUGGUGCAUGUGUGCUUCAUGCUUGUGAGUGGAAUCCAGAUGCUGUAGAAGCACUAGAGAAGAAUUUGAUCUUGAAUGGAGUCCGUGAUAGAUGUGUCAUCCAUUUUGGAGACAACAGACAGGUUUGUCCCCGAGGACUCGCUGACAGAGUGAACCUUGGACUGAUUCCCAGCUCAGAAGCAGGAUGGUGUAUAGCUUGUGCUGCCCUUAAACCUUCUGGAGGCAUUCUUCACAUCCAUGCAAACAUCAACUCAAAACCAGGAGAAGAAAACAGCAACAAUGUGAUUCCUUCACAGCUGAAUCACGACAGAUUGAGAAAACCACGCACUCUGUUGCCAGAUGAUGCAUCACAUGGGGACAGUGAUAUGACAAACUGUGUUAACUUGCCUUUUGACAAACUACAACUUUCACCAAUAUCUCCUGAUGUUAUUGAAAAUGCACAUACUCCCAGGCCUGAUAUUCCUUCACAUGAUGGUAAUAGCACAACCUCCUGUUUUUAUCAGCCUAGUACUGUUGCUGCAAACGGAACGGAAAUGUCUAACAAGAAGGAAUCGAGACCAUCACCUAGUUCAGAUAGCUAUGAUAAUACAGAAUAUUGCGGAAUGGUACAACAUUCAGUUGAUGGUCAAGAAACAAAGGUAGCAUUUACCAUGGGAAUGACAAAGGAGAGUCCAUUUAGACCAUGUUGUAGUCUUGGUAGCUCUGAUAGUACAAAGGUGUCCAGUAUCAUACAGCCUGUAGAAGGUGGUGACCAAAUGAAUGUCAAUGAGACAGGGAAAUCCAGUUGUUUUUCUCAAGCUGUCAUUGCAAAUAAUAUUGCUACAAAUCUCAGUGUUUCAGAAAUAUCAGGAGACCCAUUUCAAGAUGGCAUCCAAGAAAUCCUUUUACCUUGUCCAGUACAUCCAUCAGACCCUGUUCUAGCUCAGCAUCCUGACAUUGUAGCAGCAGAUGGGUCAUCAGAAAAAGCCAGUAGAGCAAAACAGCUACAUUGUUGUGAAGAGACUUUCAAUGGCAAGCCAUCAUGUGAUCACAAGUCUGCAUUUAGUCCUAGGGGAUCGUGGAUGCAAUGGGCUAGAGAAGUAUCUGAUACAAUUCGUUUGUGGCUUGUUAAGACUCACAAAAAAGACUGGACAACGAGGAUACUUCACAUUGAACACGUUAAGUCAUACGCUCCACAUGUGGACCAUAUAGUAUUAGAUUUAGAUUGUAGGCCAAGAUGAUCAAUUCUGAUUAUACAUUGUUUCAUUACUUUAUGAUGAGACAUUUUUACUACAGCACAGUUGUAUUUGUAGAUGUCCACUGGUUAACAACAACAUUCUGAUUACUCCACAGACUCCUAUAAACCAGGGCCAUGUUACCUCCUGCUUUGUUAUUUCUGAAAAUGAUUUUAAGAGUAUCUACAGACACCUCCCCAUAAUUUAACAAAAAAAAACACCUAUUAGGGGUGCAUGAAAUCCAUUCUCUUUCCUCCAUAAGCAAUUCACUACCAAUAUUAAAGUAAAAUAUAGCCUCACCGUAUAACGUUCUUUACUAAUACAAAUUUAAAAAUAUUUAUAAUUGUUUAUUUGUUAUCAUCAGCCUUCAAACAAUAAACAGAGUAGCAGGACAUAGCCCAAUGAUAAAGUGCUCGUCAAGUACGUGGUCAGUCUAGGAUCGAUCCCUGUCUGUGGGCCCAUUGGGCUAUUUCUUGAUACAGCCAGUGCUCCACAACUGGGGUAACAGAGGCAGUGAUAUAUACUAUCCUGCCUGUGGGGUCCUACAUAUAACAUAUCCAUUGCUACUUACCGGAAAGAGUAGCCCACUGUCUGGUGGCAGGGAAUUUCCUCUCAUUAUCUGUGGGAUCCUUGAUCAUACAUGUAUGUUAGACAGCAUAUCUCUGUAAUUGAAAUGUGUUGAGCAUAACACACUACUUCCUUCAUACAGUAUACAUGUCCUCCUCAUUUAUAUGUGUAACAAUCUUCAACUUUUGUUGAAAUUCUUAAUUUUAUUCCAGAUUUUAAAUUGACUCAUUUACUUACAUUUUUUGCACAGCUAUUUACACUUGUUUCAGUUUAACUGUUGAAUUUUUAUAUUAAUGUUGAUCAACACUUCAUUUUCGCAUUGACUUUAGUUUGACAUCCAGUAGACAAUCUAUUUUUCAUCCUGGGAUGUCUUUAAGCAUUCAUUCAUUCAUUCAUGCAUUCUGUAACACAAACCAGUACAAUAGGAGAUGACUCUCGCUUUUUAAAAUGCAGAAUUAAACUCUUUAUGACAUAGAUAGUGAGUCUAUUAAAGAAUGUUGUUCAACA